UGCAUUGUACUGUUGAGCAGCCGGAUAGGUUGGGCCAGUCGCAGCAGCCCUAUAUAAAAUAAAAAUCAAUUUUCAAUUAGUAUUGAAAAAUGUCGUAAUAAAUUUUUAUUUUUUUAAAACAAAUAACAUUCAAAUAACACAGACAUUGCAUGAAACAAAUAUCGAUUUUAAAUAUGAAUCAAGAAUUUCACGAUGAAAAUAUGACAUCACAGACAAAAUAUCGAUCGCAUUGACGCCAUUACUGAAACACUCAUACUCUGACGCAUAGCAGCGAAAAUAUGAGCCGGGUUCACAUUUAAUUCCAAUUCAUUUUAACUCACCCAUAUUGUGUGCCACCAUGUGUAAAUCCAAAAUAAUUAUUUGCCGACAUUUUUAGUGUAUUUUAAUGUAUGCAAAGACAAUCAAUUGAUUUGAGAUUUAAACGCAAUUUACCGAUAAACUUUCACACACAAAAAAAUUAUACCUUUCGGCUGUGUGCCGAGUCUACUGUCUAACUCUUCGACACAAUUGCCACAAAUGAUUCUCAAAUGCAAAAUGCUUAAAUGUGAUAGGUGGAUAGAGCGAGAAAAAACUAUGUUCAGAGAUGAAAAAGAAUGUGUGAUAGAAGCGCCCUCUUGCAGUAAAAUACAUACUGUCGAUUGUGUUCGUCAUUUCAUUUUUUUGACAUUUGCACUUGCAUUGGUGGUUGUGAACAAGAGAGUUCCGAGAGAGAGAGAGAGAGAGAGGAGAGAGAGAACAAAGCCGAGAGAAAAGUUGCCUUAUGUCAUUUGAACAAAUUGUACGUGUAUACGGUAACAAAGUGCCAAUGUCAGCUGUUGAUUGGAAAGUUUAUUUUGGUUUAUCGUUUAGAUUUAAGUUUUAUUUUGAAAAUUAAAUACUAACCGUAUAUAUUGUGAAAUGCACAAAAUUUGUAAAAAAUUCACAAAAAUGACAGAGUUUUUAGAUUUAAAUGAUGAUUGUCUCGAGCAUAUUUUCAAUUUUUGUGAUGUAGAAACUACGGUUUCACUGUCAAAAGUGUGCAAGCGCUUGAAUGCACUUGUGACACAGAUUCAAUUUCCAAAGCAAACAACAUUCAGUUGUACAAUUCGUUCAUAUGAAUGCGAAGAAAAAGCUCGUAACAUUAUCGAGGCGAUCGGAAAAUAUAUUGUAACUCUUAAAUUAUGUCAGACGUCUGAGAUCUUUUUGUUCUAUCAAUUUUUGGGUCGUGUAAUUGGUGAUCGUAUUCGAAAAUUAUCAAUCGUAACGCCACACAUUUCGGACACGUCACUACAAGCGAUUGAACCAGUUUUGCGGCGACUCGAAGAGUUGCAAUUGCGCAUUGCCAACACCGAUCUUAGCGAUGAUGAUUUAGCCUUAUUGACACGUUGCCCAAAUUUACAACGUUUACAUAUCCAAUGGGACACAUCAUUUCUGCAAAAUACAGGCACAUGGAAUCGUCUCGAAGAGUUGUCAUUAGGCGAUAACGAGUACAUAGCUAACGAUACUUUUUCUGAAUUUAUGCAGAAUAAUCAACAAUUACGAAAAUUGAAAAUUGGCGCGUUCAAUUGUGAUGUUGAACUUAAAGACAUUGCAACGUAUUUAGCAAAUUUAGAGCAAUUGGUUUUAUUUCAAAAUUAUUCCGAUUUAUCGGCCGACAGUAUUUUAGAAUUGCAACGGUUGACUCAUUUGAAGCGGUUAAUUUUACGAAAUGUUGAAGCGAACCAUUUCGGAGGCGUCGUCAACAAUGUGACCAAAUUGAAUUUUUUAAGCGAAUUACAAAUACAAGCUGAAUUCAAUCAAUGUUCCGACGACGAAAUAUUCGAACCAAAGCAAAAGAAUAUUGUCAAGAUUGCACUGGAAAUGCCACAACUGCAAGUGUUUGGAAUCUCAUUUUGUAAACUAAAAGAAGAAACGAUCGUGGAAUUCAUAAGAUUUGCGGAUAAUUUGCGGAAAAUUCACAUACAUGAUUGUGAUUUUAUGCUCACACCAGACAACAUUGAUGCUAUCAUUAAUGCACGAAAGACAAUACGUAAUCGUGUCGAUCCGCUGAUCAUUUUCGUUGAUUUUAUUGAUGAAGGCAUCACCGAUCUUUUACGAAAGCCGGAUAUCAGUGCUCAUCUAAAGGCUUUGCCAUGUCGCCGUUGUGAAAUCAUCCCAGUCGGUUUCUUCGAAUAAAAUGGAGCAACUUUUUGAUCAUGUUUAUUUUAUAUUUCUUCAUGUUCUGUACACAAAUUAAUUAUCAUUUAAUCAAAUGAUUUGAAUAAAACUGUUACAAAAUCAAA